AUGGGACUAUCCUCGGCGCUUCUGGUUGCCAUCGUGGUGAUCUUGGCGCAAUAUAAUCAUCAACCGCAGCCGACCUGGAGAUUCGUGUCGCUGAACACGAUAAUCUCUUGGUUAAGCACUAUCGCCAAAGGUUGUGUUUUGUUCACUGUCAGCGAGGGAAUAGGCCAACUAAAAUGGGUGUGGUUCACACGUAAGAGCCGCCCGUUGGGUGAUCUAGGCACCUUCGAUGGAGCUAGUCGAGGGAUAUAUGGUUGUGCAGGCUUAGUCUGGAGACUUCGAGCGAAACACUUCGCAAGCCUAGGCAGCCUAGCAGUUAUCCUCGCGAUUGCGUUUGACCCUUUCGUGCAGAGUUUAAUCAACUAUUACUCUGGACUUAUUGUCGACCCUUCAGGCACUGCGAUACUGUCGAGUAACUCUGUAUACAAUGUUUUGGGCCCUCCGUUGUCUCGUGGAACAUACUAUGUCGACCCAGCAAUGAAAGCUAACAUCUACAACUCUCUGUACAGCACCGACUCGUCAGAUCCAUGGUCUAUUCCACGAUACACUUGCAGCUCUGGAAACUGUACUUGGGAUCCAAUUACUACCCUGGAAAUGAGAGCGACUUGCACGAACAUAACAGACCGACUUCAAAUGAAAACCCAAAAUUCCACAGUGAAAUACGUGCCUAGUAUAACUGAAGAAAGGCUCUCUGUCUAUCUCCAAAAAGAUAAAUGGAGUAAUGUCUCCGCAGACGUCACGACCGACUCGCUCCGGGGUACCCCUGUCGUCCUAGGGACAUGGUUGACCCCUUUUGUCUACGAAAACAAUAUCGGAAUUCCCGUUGUCCAAAUUAUCGGCCCAGAUGAGCUACCAGCCUCGGGCAUGUACGGUGCUAAGUUCAACCACACAGUAUGGCAAGCGGUAGAGUGCACCAUUAUCCCUAUCGUGCACAGCUUUCGCGCAAAAGUAGUUGAAGGUGUCUAUCACGAAGAAACCUUAGCCACCUGGACCAAUGGAUCUUUCCCAGACAACGUUAUUGAGACUCGGAAUUACACCUUGCAACCCCCCUGGGGACCGGAAAUGGGCAUUGAGCCGGGAAAGAAUUACAAAAUAGGGAAGAGGCAACUGGAUUCGCUUUCAGUCUUCUUUCGUGAUUUCUUUUCGGGCAAGGCAGAACUUGAUUCCAUCGGUUUCAGAUUUUCUACCACAGGCAAGGACGUUUUGGAGGUUAUUACCCUUUCGAAUGUCACCAACUGCUCAGUUCGGACUGUGGAGAAGCUGCCUUGUAUUAUGGAUAAUGUGGCGAAAGCGAUGUCCAAGGCCAUUCGGGAUACGGCAUCAUCUUCUGAUCUCGCUACCACUCGCGGCCAAGCAAUGGUGAAUGCAACAUUUGUUUCCAUUCAUUGGCAGUGGAUCGCCCUUCCGGCGUUGGUGUGGUUAUUAGGGCUGAUUACACUAUUGGGUACCAUGUGGAAGACUCGAAGGGAUAUGGUUCCAGCUUGGAAGAACGAUCUUAUGCCUAUUUUGUCGCUGUAUGGGGGUGUUCAAAAUGAAAAGCUACUGGGUACCCCAGUCGUCCGGGAGACCGAGAGGGUGAAGCUUUUCGAAAACGAAGGCAAAAUGGUACUGUCUGGGUAG